AUGGCUAAUAAGGCAGCGGUAGAAGAACUUAUCAAAAGAAUUGAAACAUUGUAUUCAGCUCAAACAGAUUUCACUACGAAGAUAGAUGAACUUAUGAAAUCGCAAGUCGAUUCAUCUGGGAAGUACGAUGCAGUGAUACAAUCAAUUACGGAGCUCAAAGAAUCUCAAGGAAAGCCAACUCCUGAGCUUAUGAAAGCUAUCACUACAACUCUCAAUAACCAAAUGGAUCGUUUCAUAGAGCUCCAGAGUAGAAAUCAUAUCAACAAGGAAACCCAUGGGAACGGAGCUGGAGGUAUUUUGGGUUCAUCUCCAUCUUGCAGCAACACUCCUCAAUUUUCAGGUGAAAACAAUUUAAACCAACCUCGUUAUUUGUUUGGAAAUCCAGAAACUAAUCAAUUCCAACAACCGAAACUCAAGGUUGAGUUUCCUAAAUUUGAUGAAGGAAAGGAAGAUGUAUGGUUUCAAGAUUAUCAGAUUGGUAAGCCAUUAAUUUUGUGGGAAGAUUUCCUUAGAGAUAUUUGCAAUCGUUUUCAAGAAUUAGGACAUGAUGGUAUUGUGGGUGAGUUUAACAAGCUUCACCAAAUUGGAACAGUCUUGGAAUACCAAGAAAUUUUUGAAGAGCUUAAGGCAUUGAUAUUGGCCAAGUAUCCUCACCUCACAGAGGAAUACUUCACUUCAAGCUUUAUCAGUGGUCUUAAGGAGGAACUAAGACUACAUGUGCAAAUGUUCUCUCCCAAAACAUUAUCGAAUGCAGUAUACAUAGCUAGGAUGCAAGAAGCUCUAAUUGAAAAUGCUGCUAAGAAGUCAAGAAACUUUUAUAAACCCUCCCCACUAUAUUUUACCACCCAAAGAAACCUUCCUUCUCCAGUUACCAGUCCUAGUACCCUCCACAAGAAUUUCUCCAGUCCAAACCCUCCUUCCCCACCACCUAUUAAAAGAUUAUCUUAUGCCGACAUGAGGAAAAGAAGGGAAAAGGGUCUCUGCUACAACUGUGAUGAAGUUUUCCAAGCUGGCCAUAAGUGCAUUAAAUAA